AUGACCGGCCUGAAACCACCCUCGCUCCUCACCUCGUCCUCGCCUCCCGCUCUGUCGCCCUCGGGCGCGCCGCCACUGUCGCUCACGAUCCGCUUCAGCGCCAGCGUCCCGGACCUGGACCUCGACAUCCCGCACCCGUCGCAGACGACCGUCAUCAGCCUCAAGCACCUGAUCCGCGGCCGCCUCGCCGAGCCCAACUCCCAGCGCCGCCUGCGCUUCAUCCAGGGCGGCAAGAUCCUGCCCGACAAUGCCGCCCUGAGCUCCGUGCUGCGCGCGCCGCCCCCUCCGCCGCCAGCAGCCGCGGGAGGUGCGGCCUCCUCGCGCGCCGCCGGCGCCGACCACCACCACGCGCGGGGCAAGGGCAAGAACGUGCCCAACCGGCCCCCGCUGCAGCGCAUCUACGUCAACUGCAGCAUCGGCGACUCGCUGACGGACGCCGAGCUCGAGGCCGAGGCCGAGGCCGCCUCGGUGCCCGUGUCGGAGCAGCCGCCCAGCCCGCAGCCGCCGGCGCCGGCGCGGUCCCCGCUGGCCCCCGGGACGCCGGUGCCGCUGGGCGCGCCGGGGACGACGUCGGCGGCGGCGCGGGGGUUCGACCGGCUCGUGGCGGCCGGGUUCUCGGCGGCCGAGGUCAACCAGCUGCGGCUGCAGUUCCGCUCGAUCCACAGCGCGCGCUUCACGCCCGACACGCUGCCGUCGCCCGACAGCUUCCGGCGCAUGGAGGACGCGUGGAUCGACGACAACGGGGCGGCCGCGGUGCCGACGACGACGGGCGGCGUGGGCAUGGCGACGGCAGGGGCGGGCGGCGGCUUCGAGAGCGAUGAGUCCGGCCUGAUGGGCUCCAUCGACGCCAUGGUCUGGGGCAUGCUGGUCGGCUUCAUGUGGCCGCUCGGCAGCGCCAGCUGGCUGGCGCGGGAGCCGGGUAUGCACAGCGACCGGUGGAAGAUCAUGGUUGUCGCCGGCGUGUUCCUGAGCCUGCUCAUUGGGAUCGUGAGGGGCAUCUCAGGUGAAAGGUAG